AUGGAGUACAGUAUGCCUACGAGUGGAUCCCAGUUCGCCACAAAGCGAUCGCCACUACAACCUAUGCCUAAGCCCACCAGCAAUAAGGAGGGGCCGCCAAAAGGC